UCUCCUCGCGUUAUCUCCUUUGUCGAUUUAGCCCUAACCUAUACGGCUGCUACAUCCAGAUUUCCUCAUCCUUAUUAGGGACGAACCAAAACCCUAAUCCUAUCUUCUUCCUCCUCCUAUAAAUCAAUAACAGUUUCUUCUCUCUUGUCUCUGAUUUUGAUUCAUGAUUUCUCAUCUCGAACCCUAAUUUAUACAUCCAUCGGGUGUUACUGUUCUUUAUCUGGGCAAUCAGUGGUGUUUUUGUUCCUUUUGUUUAUCUGUCGAGACUUCUAGGUGAAAUCGAAGCUUGUUUGGUUUAUCUCGAUCUUGGUUUUAGCUGAAUCGUGUGUUAAGAUGGCUGGAGGUGGAAACAGGAGAGAUGAAGGAUCGAUCACGAUCCAGAGUACCAAUUUGUUUGCAGCUUUGGACACUCGUAAGAAGAAGAAGAAGUCAGGGAAGAGCAAAGGGUCUUCUAAGUCACGAGAGCCAGAGAAGGAGCCUGAGCCUCAGGUCUUUUGGGCACCUACUCCGUUGAAAGUUAAGUCUUGGGCUGAUAUUGAUGAUGACGAUGAUGAUGAUGACUAUUAUGCAACCACUGCUCCUCCUCAGUCUGGUUGGAGCACUUCUGUGCCUUCCCAUUCGGAUUCGAAAGACGUUCAUGUUGAGGAAAGUGAAAGUGAGGAAGAUAUUCUUGAUGAAGGUGAUGAUGAUGUGGAGGAAGAGCAGGAACAGGAAACAGAGGUGCAGGUUCAUCCAGAGCCUGAGCCUGAGGUGAAGAAGGCUCCUGAAGUUCCUGCACCUCCUAAAGAGGCAGAGAGGCAACUUUCCAAGAAAGAGAGGAAGAAGAAGGAACUUGCUGAGCUUGAGGCUUUGUUGGCUGAUUUUGGAGUUGCCCCCAAGGAGAAUAAUGGCCAAGAAGAGUCUCAAGAGGCUAAACAAGAGAAGAAAGAAGAUGUCAAUGGAGAGGGAGAGAAGAAAGAGAAUGCAGCAGGUGGGGAGUCAAAGGCAUCUAAAAAGAAGAAAAAGAAGGAUAAGCAGAAAGAGGUAAAAGAAUCUCAAGAGCAGCAAGCAAACAACAAUGCCGAUGCUGUAGAUGAAGCUGCUGGGUCUGAACCAACUGAGGAAGAAACUCCAAUUGAUGUCAAAGAAAGGCUGAAAAAGCUUGCAUCCAUGAAGAAGAAGAAGUCAGGCAAAGAGGUGGAUGCUGCAGCUAAAGCUGCUGCGGAGGAAGCAGCUGCAAGACGUAAGAAGCUGGCCGCUGCAAAGAAGAAGGAGAAGAACCACUAUAACCAACAGCCUGUGCGGUAAAUCCUGAACCACCACCAUUUUGAUCUUGAUGGAAAUGCAAAUAUGAACAUGUAUUUCGCCGUAUAUUGUUCAUAUGAGUCUCUGUCCUAAUAAAUCUUUUGAAGGGUC